AUGAAUAAUCAAGGUGCUGCUCACCCGCGUCUCGUAACUCCUCCGUCAAUCAAGCUGUCCCCCCAUUCUUCGUACCACAGGCUACCCGUUCCUCCAUCUUUUUCUUUGUUCUAUUGGCUAUUCAGCCGGGUCCCCGACACCUUAGUUCUGAUGCUUAUUACCAUUGCCUUCUUUAUCAUCCAUCUCACUACUUUCUAUUACACCAAGUUCUUCAAGAAAAGAGCCUGCAUUUUGGCCAUUCGUCCAUCCACCGACUUCAACUUGGUGAAUGGACUUCUCAUCUCCCUUCUCACCUACAUCAUUAGAGUCCUUCACCACGGUACAAUUGCAGGUUAUUGUGUCGGUUUGUCACCAUCUGCCCCUGCCGCUGCCCCUUCACCUUCGAUGGCUGUAGCACCAUCAUGCGUUGAUCCCCGCCUCGGCCCAUCUUCUCCAUACCCUUGGCUUCUAAUGGUUGGUUGCUUCAGCAUUGCUGGUUUGCUUUUCUAUUUGGAGUCCAGGGGUUUAAAUGCAGAUGAAGAAGGAUUGAGGGAAGCCGAGGAAGAUGUUCCACUGCCACUAUGGACACAAUUUGGCAAUGCUUGUGCCGGCUGGGUUGCUCAUCUGAUGGGCUAGGUGGCAUGCCGUUUGGGUAGCUGUAGUGUUAUUUUAAGUCCAUGGACUUUUGUAAUCUUAUUGUAGUGGGUUAGAUCCAUGCUCGUGGGCUGGAUUUGUAUUUGGAGGCUCCGUUCUGUUGUGGUUCUGGUUUGUUGUUCUAGUUUAGGUGUAUUGUUA